GUGACAAUUUGAUCUUGCUGAGCAUUGUUAAAGCAACAUUGUCAAGUCAACAAUCUCACAUUGUCAAGUCAAUAAGUCUCACAUUGUCAGGUCAAAAAGUCUCACAUUGUCAAAUCACAAUUCUCACAUUGUCAAGGUCAAGUCAACAAGUUUCACAUUGA